GCUUUCGCUCGAAUUUUAAGUGCGUGCAUGCUAGCCAACGCGUGACGCGUCGGAAGUAGCCACAAGUACCGUGCCUCCGAAAUCCGAAUCAUGGGCUCGAGAAGCCUUGAGAAUCGUCCCUGUGGAAAUGGGAAUCAACCACGUUGUGCCCAAGAUGUGGCUUGCGACCGCACCGAGACCGACUUUGAGUUCACGGUGCCGCCGGAAGCACCGGUGUUUGAGCCGACCAACGAGGAGUUCCACGACCCCCUCGCCUACAUCGCCAAGAUACGACCGAUCGCCGAGAGGUCCGGCAUCUGCAAGAUUAAACCGCCACCCAACUGGCAGCCACCAUUUGCCGUGGACGUAGACAAGUUCAAAUUUGUUCCGAGAAUACAAAGGUUAAAUGAAUUAGAAGCCAAAACCAGGAUAAAGCUUAAUUUUUUAGAUCAAAUUGCAAAGUUUUGGGAGCUUCAAGGUUCCUCCUUGAAAAUUCCGCUUGUGGAACGUAAGGCUCUGGACUUGUAUUCCUUACACAAAAUAGUCACGGACGAAGGCGGUAUAGAAACUGUGACUAAGGAAAGAAGAUGGGCAAAAAUUGCCAAUAAACUGGGUUAUCCAUCUGGACGAAGUGUAGGCAGCAUAUUGAAGAAUCACUAUGAAAGAAUUUUAUAUCCCUUUGACGUUUUUAAGCAAGGAAAGACAUUGUCAGAUAUUAAAAUUGAACCGGACUCGGAUGUUAAUGAGAAGAAAGAUCGUGAUUAUAAGCCACAUGGUAUAAUAUCUCGGCAGCAAAUUAAACCACCGAAUGAAAAAUUUUCGCGACGGUCUAAGCGAUUUUCCGGGCAAGAAGAGAAGCAAGAUAUAUCGAUUAAACAGGAAGAUUGCAAGGAGGAAUGUGACUCGGACAAUGAGUGCAAGGACAAGAUUAAGAGCAGAUAUUUCAGUAGCGAUGUGGAUAAAAGCAAAGAACUUAAAAAAUUACAAUUUUACGGACCAGGCCCGAAAAUGGCCGGCUUUAAUACCAAAGAGGGAAAAAAAUCUAAUAAAACGCGUGGCUUGAAACUCGUUUACGACUUUGAUCCUUUGGCAAAAUAUAUUUGUCACAAUUGCGGGAGAGGCGACAAUGAAGAAAAUAUGUUGUUAUGUGACGGAUGUGAUGACAGCUAUCAUACGUUUUGCCUUAUGCCACCAUUGACGGAAAUACCAAAGGGAGACUGGCGAUGUCCCAAAUGCGUUGCCGAAGAGGUCUCGAAGCCAAUGGAGGCAUUUGGUUUCGAACAAGCGCAGAGAGAAUACACGCUGCAGCAAUUCGGAGAAAUGGCCGAUCAAUUCAAGAGCGACUACUUUAAUAUGCCUGUGCAUAUGGUUCCAACAUCACUAGUGGAAAAGGAGUUUUGGCGAAUAGUCUCGUCCAUUGAUGAAGACGUGACUGUAGAAUACGGUGCCGAUUUGCAUACAAUGGAUCAUGGAUCUGGAUUUCCAACCAAAACCAGCGUUAAUUUAUUCACUUGUGAUCAAGAGUAUGCUGAAUCUUCGUGGAAUUUGAAUAAUUUGCCAGUUCUACAUGGAAGCGUUCUGGGUCACAUCAAUGCUGACAUUAGUGGCAUGAAAGUUCCUUGGAUGUAUGUCGGCAUGUGCUUCGCAACAUUUUGUUGGCACAAUGAAGAUCAUUGGAGCUAUUCUAUUAAUUAUCUACAUUGGGGCGAACCAAAGACAUGGUAUGGAGUACCAGGUUCUCAGGCGGAACGCUUCGAACAAUCCAUGAAGUCCGCCGCUCCAGAACUGUUUCAUAGCCAGCCCGAUUUGUUGCAUCAACUUGUUACUAUCAUGAAUCCAAACAUAUUGACAAGUGAAGGAGUACCAGUAUUUAGGACAGAUCAACAUGCAGGUGAAUUUGUCGUGACAUUUCCGAGAGCAUACCACGCAGGCUUUAAUCAGGGUUACAAUUUUGCAGAAGCUGUCAAUUUUGCACCUGCAGAUUGGCUUAAGAUUGGACGAGAUUGCAUCACGCAUUAUUCAAAUUUAAGAAGAUUCUGCGUGUUUUCCCACGAUGAACUAGUUUGUAAAAUGUCGUUGGAUCCAGAUUCGUUAGAUAUCGGAGUCGCAACUGCCACGUAUCACGAUAUGUUGCAAAUGGUGGAGGAUGAGAAAAAAUUACGGAAAAACUUGCUAGAAUGGGGCGUGACUGAGGCAGAACGCGAGGCUUUCGAGCUUCUACCGGAUGACGAGAGACAGUGCGAAGCAUGCAAAACUACCUGUUUUUUGAGUGCAGUUACAUGUUCGUGCCACAGCUCGCAGUUAGUUUGUCUGAGGCACUUUGCUGAUUUGUGUACGUGUCCACCAGAAAAGCAUACGCUGCGUUAUCGAUAUACGUUAGACGAAUUACCUAUCAUGUUGCAAAAAUUAAAAUUGAAAGCCGAGUCGUUUGAUUCAUGGGUGGCCAAAGUGAGAGAAGCGAUGGAUCCUAAGAACGAUAAAAUUGAAUUAAACGAGUUGAAAGAACUUCUGAAUGAAGCUGAGAACAAAAAAUUCCCCGAAAGUGAACUAUUGACGGCUUUAACAACCGCUGUGCAAGAUGCUGAGAAAUGCGCAAGCGUUGCACAACAGCUAUUAAACAAUAAACAACGUACAAGAACCAGGCAGACAGUUGAUACCAAGUAUAAACUCACUGUAGAAGAAUUAACACUUUUUUACAAAGAAAUAACCAAUCUAUGCUGUGAACUUAAGGAAUCAGAUGGUGUAAAAUUUAUACUUGAUCAAGUAUUACAAUUUCAAAAGGAUGCAGAAGAAUUGGAGUCCAAAGAAGAUUGCGACAUUGAGAAAUUAGAGAAAUGCAUUGAUUUUGGUGAUUCUAUCUGCAUUGAAUUACCUCAACUAGUACGAUUGAAACAAAAAUUGACACAAAUACAGUGGCUAGAUGAAGUAAAAUCUCUUCAAGAUGAUCCGAAAUCUGUUAGUCGUGAAGAGAUGAUUAAGUUAAUCGAAAAAGGCAUGACAAUACCACCUCAUGUCAGUGUUGAAAAUACAUUGUCAGAAUUGCACGCGUUAACAAAGGCAAUCGAUAAGUGGGAAGAGAAGGCCAAAGUGUUUCUUAACACCAAAAAUAGACGAACCAUUGCAGCUGUAGAGGAGUUUAUUCACGAAGCAGAUAAAGUUGAAGCGUAUUUACCGAGUUUGGAUACUCUUCAAGAUAUAUUGAACAAAGCAAAGAAUUGGACGAAAUUGUUUGAUGAUAUACGAGCGAGAGAAAACUUUCCUUAUUACGAUACAUUGGAUGACUUGUUAAGAAAGGGAAGAAAUAUCCCUUUGCAUCUAAAUGAUCUUCCAACGUUGGAAUCUACUCUCUUGGAGGCGAAAACAUGGAAAGAAAGGACCGCGAGAACUUUUUUGAGGAAAAAUUCGCACUAUACGCUAAUGGAAGCUCUGUCGCCGCGAAUCGGCGUCGGUGUACAGGCAAUGAAAACUAAAAAGAACAAGGGCGACGAAUCCAUAGGUGCCGUUUGUGUUUGUGAUACAAAAUUGGACGACUCCAGCGACUCGGCGAACGUGGUAGCUGCCUUCAAACUUGCAGAACAACGCGAAAUGGAAGCGAUGAGAAGCUUGAGAGAAAGAAAUUUAAUGAAGAUGAAAGCAGAAGCGGAAGAUUCCAAGUAUUGUGUUUGUCGGCGGCCGAGAUUCGGCAUUAUGCUUCAGUGCGAGCUUUGCAAGGAUUGGUUUCACACAAACUGUGUACCUUUGUCUAAGACACUGUACAAAGGUAAAUCGCCAGGACCGAAGGAUAUGAAAUUUUUAUGUCCAUGCUGUCAACGUUCUCGACGACCUCGUCUGGAAACUAUAUUGGCUCUCUUAGUGAGUCUUCAAAAAAUUCCGAUCCGAUUGCCGGAGGGAGAAGCGUUACAGUGCUUAACUGAACGUGCGAUGAAUUGGCAGGAUCGAGCGAGAAAAGCAUUGUCUACCGACGAAGUUUCAUCGAUACUGACAAAACUUUCUGUAAUGUCGCAAAAGUUAGUGGAAGCUGCGGCAAGGGAGAAAACGGAAAAAAUUAUCAGCAGCGAAUUGAAAAAGGCAGCGAAUAAUCCUGAACUGCAUCAAAGAGUGCAAGCUAUCGCGCCCCUCAGCGGAGUACAUUCAGAUGAUAGCACGCCUAGUACUGCUGAUGACGAUGACGAUGUUAUUACUCUGGAUGAUGAACCAACAUGUAGUACUUUCAAUAGUAACGAACACGCAUAUUCAUACAUCUCGAAAAUUCGGCGGAAAACUCAAUUGAGUGAUAAUGAAUCAUUCGGCACAUUAUCUUCAAGCACGAGAUCACGUUUGGAAGAACUUAUGAUGGAAGGUGACCUAUUAGAAGUUGCCUUAGACGAAACACAACACAUUUGGCGUAUAUUGAGUUACAUGAAUAGCCACAAUACCAUGCGGAAAUACAAAUCGCUUGAGGAAGUUCAAGCAAAUCAGGAGAUGAAAGAUGUGAAGAAACGGGGUAGAAAGAGGAAAUCGGAGGAGUUUGAAUUACAUAAGAAAGUUGGACGUCAAAAAGUUGAAGAGAAAAACGUAAUUAAACGUAGCAAAAGCAGCGGCCCUAUCACUAAGGAGAAGAGGCAGAGCAGUUCACCAGUUCCUAUGAAACGUGGACCUCGAAAGAUGAAACGCAAAAGUGAAGGUGAGGAAAGCCCUAGAAAGCGAGGUGGUAAUCGCACAAAGAAGACUAAGCAAGAAAGUUCGGAUGAGGAGGAUGAUUGCGCAGCGGUUAACUGCUUACGGCCUAGUGGUAAGGAAGUUGAUUGGGUUCAGUGUGAUGGUGGCUGCGAAGGUUGGUUCCAUAUGCAUUGUGUCGGAUUGGAUCGUACAGAAAUUGCGGAGGAAGAUGAUUAUAUUUGUAGCAACUGUAAAGAAGCCGAUCAAAGUGCAUCGUCCCAGGAGUACCAUGGCAGUACCACUGACACGGAAGCUGGUGUCUAGGAAAACGACAUUCCUCGUCCUAGGAUUCACUAGCCCACUUCGUGUCGUCUGCUAGCUCCGCACGAGGCUCCGGGGCGAUAAUAACGACUCUCGAUUUAUCAACUCGCGAUGCAAAGUUAAUAAUUAAUAGUUGUUUUUUUUUUAUCAAAUUACUACAAAUCGUACAUUAUUCGAGCAUAAUUUAUGAGCGAACAAGCGAAUGAGCGAACUUAAGAUGCAAAGUAUUAUAGCAUAAUCGCGCGAGACUUAUGAUACAGCGAUCUUACAUUGAUAAACAUUUCUUUAUCAACAUUUCUUUAUGGCUUCAUAUGUAUUUGCUAAAAUAUUUUUAAAUCCUAAAAGCAUCGCUAGUCAUCUACGUUUAUCUAUACUUAUGAAAUUUCUGUUUACAAGUAGAAACAACACUGCACAAUGCAUAUUAAAAAAUUAUUUUUGUGCUUCCACACACAUGCGCGCGCGCGCGCAUCUUCAAAUUCAAUUGAACGAAGAUAUGAAUGCCCAUUUUAUCUUAAUACGCACGAUUAUGAAAGUAUUCGUCUAUAUUUCAUCUGUGUUAUUUUGUUAGAUUGUUAUUUUGUGAAAAAUAAAAUAAAUUGUAGAUUUCAUUUCAUAUAGACAGCGGACGAAUCACGGAUGAACCGUGAUGUACGCCUUUAUAAUUAUAUAAUCGAUUUAAUCCGAAAAAGAAUAUUAAUUCCAUUUUUUGAAUUUUGUAUCGCGCCUUUCUCUGUGAACAAUACAAAGUAGUUUCUACGCGAGAUGAUUAAUUAUUUAUAAUUACGGGAUUGCAUCAUUUGCAGCAACUUUAAAUACACGGUCUAUAACGUGUUACCUUAACUAUUAAGAUUGGUAUACCUUGAAAUAAGGGGUACAUUACAAAUUGAUCCAAACAACGAUGAUGUUAUGCUGCGAAAUAUUCUCAGUACAGCGAUGAUUGCAACCAGUCGUUUCCGAAAUACAUUGUUGCGUACUGUUGCGUAUCAUUGAGGCGAGAUGUCCGUCGAUCUUUUGUAUCGGCUUUUAGAACAUCUAUUGGAUGCACAAAGCGACAAGCGAGGAUUUCUUUUACGCCGAUCGUAUGUACAGAAUAGACUGAGAGAUGUGUGUACUACAAUUAAAUUAGAUUGUAUACAUAUAGGGUAUUAGAAUAUAUCAGAUUAUAGAAUAAACGUAAGCUAUAGUUUGUAUAAAAUAAAAGGAAACGAUUGAGACAAGCA